CACAUCCUGCUGCCGCGAGCGCGCGCGCCAGGCGAUCGGCAUCAUUCCUCUCGCCGACCGGCGGUCAGGUCGCCAUCCACCGCCCGCGACACAGUCCGGUGGAUCGACCGUGCUCGUCCCUCUCCGGCGGCCGGCGGGGCAGGCAUGAACUGCUGGAAGCGGAAGAUCAGCUACGGCGCCUCCGGCAGAGGCGGCGGCAGGGAGGAGAUGCGGGAGCGGCUGAUCCAGCACCAGCAGCAGGAGGGAGGAGGCGGGUGCGUGCCGCGGGGGUGCGUGGCGGUGGUGGUGGGCGGGGAGGAGGAGCCGGAGGAGCGGGUGGUGGUGGAGGUGCGCGCGCUGGCGCAGCCGUGCGUGCGGGCGCUGCUGGAGAUGGCGGAGCGGGAGUUCGGGUACGCCCAGAAGGGCGUCCUGCGGAUCCCCUGCGCCGCCGCCGAGUUCCGCCGCGCCGUCGCCGCCGACAGCCACCGGCGGCGGUAGAGGGGACGUACUGGGGAGACAGACCCCGGUGAUGAGUGGGUCGUGUGAACGCGCGCGGCAUGUGUGCGUGGUGCAUGUAUAUAUGUGGCGCGUGCCGUCGACCUGUGCAGUAGUGAUCAACUUGAUCGAUCGAUCAGCAAACCUCACUUACACAGAGACAUCGAGAGUAGGCCUAGGCCAGGAUGCAAGCUAGCAUGAGUAGUAUUUUAGGCGAUGAUGAUGAAAUUCCAAGUGUUCAUAUUGGCAACAGUUCGUUUUAUUUCUCAA